GCUGGAGUCUGAAGGUUUCAUCCAUCAGCUGUGAACAUGUUCUGCUACUGGGGAGCGCAGGUCAGAGAGGGCUUCGGUCUGAUACAGCCUGACAAAGUCAAACAUGGCGAUUGUGGAAUACGAUCCGUGUGUCCGAAAUCAGCAGUUCAGGACAUGUCAGCUGGAAGGAGUUUUGUUGGAUUUAUCCGGGAUGGGCAAGUCUCGGUCCUGAGAUUACGCGGUGAAGACUGUGAUCAGGAUGGAAAACUAAAGCAAUUACAGCUGAAGAAUGACAGAAUCAGAUCGAUUGUCUGUGGAGGAGACGGUGCGGUUCUUCUUGCUUAUGGAGGAAAAGUUCUCAUUAUGGACAAAUCUACUGUGUGCAGUCCUCUUAAAGGUCUGGAAAACAAGCAGGUGAUUCAGAUCGCGUGUGGAGACCAGCAUUCAAUGGCACUAACCAGGGAUGGUCAGCUGUUUGUAUGGGGUGAUAACUCUCACGGUCAGCUGGGUUUGGAGAAAGAACAGCCCAGGUCUCUGUCAGCUCCUCAACGUGUGGAGAGUCUAGAUGGGAUCCCACUGGCUCAGAUCAGCGCUGGAGGAGACCACAGCUUUGCGUUGUCUCUCUCUGGAGUCGUGUUCGGAUGGGGAAAGAACUCGGCUGGACAGCUGGGCCUCGGAGACACUACAGACAGACACGUCCCAACGGUUGUAAAUAGUCUGAACCGAAAGAAAACUGUGUCCAUCUCAUGUGGAGGGGAACACACUGCGACUCUAUCAAAGGGCGGCACAGUGUUCACAUUUGGAUCAGGAGGUUUUGGCCAGCUUGGGCACAACUCAUUUAAAGACGAACAUCAUCCGCGGGUCGUUGCUGAACUGUGGGGAUCUAAAGUGUCCCAGGUCACAUGCGGGAGACGUCACACACUCGUAUCAGUCGAAUCGUCAAAGCUGAUCUAUUCAUUUGGAUGUGGGAUGCAAGGGAAGCUGGGAAAUGGAGAAAUGAUCAAGCAGUCUGUGCCUUUCCCUGUGGAUCUCUCAACUAAAUGUGGUCAUGCAUAUAUGAUUGAAAAACUGAUUGCUGGGGAGAAUCAUUCCUUUGCCGUGUUUUUCAAGAAACUUGGGAAUGAGUCUAAACCAAAUCCAAGGAGAGGGAUUUUGACAUUAGAUAACAGAAUGAUUGACCGAUGGGUGUCUGGAAGUGAUUCAUGGAAAGUGAUAAAGAAGGACAUAAACAAAGUGUUCUCCUCGGCUGCCUCUCUGAAUGGAAGUUUCCUCAAAACAAGUUGUGAUGAACAUUAUCAGAUGUCUGAGGAGCAUUGUGGGUUGGAUUUUGAUCUGGUUAAAGCAUCCUUUGCAAAGUUAUCAAACAAUGAAAGGUUGAUUUCAGAGGUAGUGAAGGUAGUUCAACAGACACUCCUGCCGUCUCUGAAUCCAAAUCCAGCUGGUGUGGAAGCUCUGAGACUCUACCUUCUCCUCCCUGAGCUCAUCAGAGGACUCCAGGAACAACAAAGAACUGAACUCACUAAAGCAUUGGCCUCCAAAAUCCUUGAUCUGAAUCCUGCUGUUCUCAAGGAGUUAGAGAUGUACUGGUCCAAACUCCCUGAUGAUUUGCUCAAAAACUUGGUGGGCUUAUUUCAAAAAGAGUCUGCUAUGUUAAUUGGCAGGAUUGCUGUUGUCAAGUUGGACUCUGACAAAGAGAAACACCUACUGAAAUUUGUGCAGAUCCUUCAGAUGGUCUAUCAGGUCUGCCGCAGUGCACACAGAGACAUCACAAAGAGUGAUUUCAUCAUUCAUGAGGUCAAUGGUCUCCUAGAUGUGCUGCAAACCAUCAAUGAAGAUGCGAAUAACAUGCCGUUAUUUUACUUGCCUGAACAAAUCCAGGCAUUGGUGGCACAGAAAAACUACUAUAAUAAAAUCUUAAAAAAUCUUAUAUCACUUCCAUGCAUCUUUAACCUGGAGGCCAAAUGUAGCUAUAUGAAGAACAGAGUAUGGAAGGGUGGUCUUCAGCUGACUCUGAGACGCACAGCUCUGCUGGAGGAUUGUUUCUUUCAGCUGAUGGCCAACCUGCAAUAUCUCAGAGGACAUUGGCUGGCGGUGUUUUACACAGAGGAUAUGAGAAACACAGAUGUAAACAAAAGAGACUUUUUUCUCAACGUGUUUAAAGAGCUUUGUGGGCCAGAGUCUCAGCUGCUCAUGGACAUUGACAACAAAACUUUGAGCUGGUUCCCCACAAAGAUCCGCGUGAAGAAGGAGAAGUACUUCCUGUUUGGGAUUCUGUGUGGCUUGGCCUUCAACAACAACUCUGUAGUGAAUCUGCCUUUUCCGUUAGCUUUGUUCAAGAAGCUUCUCAAUGUCAAACCAUGUCUUGAAGACUUGAUAGAGUUCAGUCCGGUUCUUGGCAAGAGUUUGCGGUACAUCCUGGACUACAGCGAUGAUGUUAAGGAAAUGGACAUGAACUUCACGAUUGUAUGGGAUGGAACCGAAGUUGAACUGGAUCCAGCUGAGCCAGGAAAAGUUGUCACAAAUAAUAACAGAACGGAUUUUGUGGACAAGUAUGUGGAUUAUAUCCUGAAUAAAUCAGUAAAGGAAGUGUUUGAAGAGUUCAAGAGAGGCUUCUUCAGUGCGUGUGACCGAUGCUUGGUGGAGAUGUUUGAGCCAGAGGAGCUGAGAGGAGUUCUGGUGGGCAAUGAGGAAUAUGACUGGGACGUCCUCAAAAAGAACACCACAUAUGAAGGAUCAUUUCAUGCUAAGCAUCCAACCAUCAUCUCAUUCUGGGAGGUGUUUGAUGAACUGACACCAAAUGAGAAGAAGGGCUUUCUAUUGUUCAUAACAGGGUUUGAGAAAGUGCCCAUUCUGGGUAUGAGUGCGGUGAAGAUGAGAGUGGGAGAUCUGUUCAAGUUUACUCAGGAUCAUCUACCAGAAGCCCUCACCUGCCAUGCUCUGUUGUAUCUUCCUGUUUAUCAGAACAAGGAAACACUCAGGACUAAAGUCAUUGAGGCCAUCAACCACAAGAGGGGGUUCUGGGAAGAGUGAGACUGGAGUUCUGAGAUCAUCCGGACACAAAUCACAGAUCUA